UCCUUUCUUUUUCGUCCUCUCUCUUGUCAUCGCUACUCCUUAUUCCCUCUUAUCACCCAAUAAGGAGACAGUGAGGGAAUAGGGGUUGGGCGUGCCGUGUGAAGGAGGACCUGAUCACGCCUAUGUGGAAGGCGUGAUCAGAUCCUCAUAUUGGUCGUAUGAAGCAGACUAUUGUGGAUGUAGUGUGACGUGUGACGCUGUGGUUUGUGAUGAUCAUAAAUACAAUUUCGGGAAAGUCAGGCUGCGUGAGGUGUUGUGGAUGCUUUGUGGAGUCUAUAUGCUGCUUAUAAAUUCAGUUUUUUGAAUAUGAUCAGAAUUUUUCUAUAGAUCGUGGAUACAAGUUCAGUAAAGUAAGGCUGCGUGAGGAGUGAGGACUGCUGCUGAUCCUUAGUACAAGUUUUUUGUUUGAUUUUGUGGAUUUCUUUGACACGUGGACAGGAAGUUUUAUGAGAACUAGCUGCUGUUAUAAGUGGCAGUAGUCUUCAGUCGUUGGGAGCAGCAGUCUUCAGUCGUUGGGAGUUCAUUCUUGUUUUUUUUUUGUCAUCGGCUGAACCAGAUCUGAAGUGACAGUAAUUUCCUAGCCCUCUUUCUUUAAACGUUUGCGUCAAUCUGGUCUUCUUUAUUUACUAUGGCUGAAAACAGUAAAUCUGAAGGGUCUACUGACUACAAGAUGGUUGGGAAUUCAUUCUCUUAUGGAACCACGAUGAAACUUAAUGGCUCAAAUUAUGAAAUAUGGUCUAGGUUAUUCAUAAUGUCGGUGGCUGGUCAUAGGAAGAAAUAUAUUCUUGAGGAGGAUGAACCUAUUGAGAAAAAAGGAAUAUAUGCUGCGUGGGAUGAAGAUAAUUAUAUUGUUAUGUCUUGGAUUAUGAAUAGUGUGGAGUCUCAUAUAGCCCCAACUAUUGCAUAUUAUACCAAGGCCAAGGAUAUGUGGUCUUUUUUGAGAAAGACAUACUCGCAUGCCACUAAUGUAAUCAAAAUCCUACAACUAGAAGAGGAGUUAUGUAACAUUCGACAAGGGGAUCAGGACCUAUCCCAAUAUUUUGCUACUUUGACUGCUGCAUAUGAACGGUUAAAGGCUCUUCGUCCACCUUGCCAGCAUUGUUAUGCAUCACACGUUGAGACUGGUAUGGUGGCGAAGUUUUUAUCUGGCCUAUCUUCAGAAUAUUCUGUGGCAAAGUCUCAAAUUCUAACAGGCAGUGAACUUCCAGAUUUAGCAGACACAUAUAAUAGGCUGAGUCGUUUUGCAGCCACUCUUUCUCAGACUACGCAUGACACACCAGUCUCUGCACUUGUGAUAUCAGGAGGACGGAGCCCUAGUUCUUUUGGAGGCACUAGGGGACGUGGUACAGGCCGUGGUGCUGGACGUGGCAGAUUUCAGUGCUCUUAUUGUGGCAAAAUUGGUCAUCUAGAGGAUCGUUGUUGGGACAAACAUCCUCACCUCAGGUCUAAUGUUUCAUCUGGACGUGGUGGAGGUAGAAUCACCACAAGCAGAGGUCCUUCUUCAUCCCAAGCAACUCAUUCAAAGGCAACAAUAUCUGUGGUUGAGUCUUCUACUGAUCCUUCUAUAUCUAUGUUAUAUUCCCUUAACCUAAGUAAGGAUGAAUAUGAUCGUGUUCUUGCUCAGAGGUCUGCCUCUACAUCUACCUCUACAUCUACCAAUGCCGCUGUUGUAGAUUCAGCAUUCUCUGUUGGUGCUCCUACUGCUGAUCCAGGACUUACCAACUGGGAAAAUGAUUGGUGGCGGCCAUGAGCGUGAGGGCCUUUAUUUUUUGUCAAUCCCAGUUGAUGUUGCUGCAUCUUCAGUCCCUUCCAAGCCUUCUCCCUUCCAAUGGC